CGCCAUGGCCAGACCACAAACACAUCAGCAUCUACAGAAAUUAUAAGCAGUUAGAGCUUAGUGAUUGAUUAGAUGGCGUCCAAGUCUGAGCUGGUGGUGGAGGUGAAGUCCCCGGCGGACAAGAUGUGGGCGGCGCUGCGGGACUCGACGGAGCUGUUCCCCAAGAUCUUCCCCGAGCAGUACAAGAGCAUCGAGACCGUCGAGGGCGACGGCAAGUCCGCCGGCACCGUCCGCCUCCUCAAGUACACCGAGGGGGUGCCGAUGCUGACGUUCGCCAAGGAGAAGGUGGAGCUGGCGGACGACGAGAACAAGGUGGUGUCCUACAGCGUGGUGGACGGCGAGCUCGUCAACUUGUACAAGAACUUCAAGGUGACGCUGAAGGUAAGCCCCGCCAAGGACGCCGAGGCCGGCGCCGUCGUCAACUGGGCCGUGGUGUUCGACAAGGCCAGCGAGCAGGUGCCCGACCCGGACGCCAUCAAGGAGACCGCCGCCAAGACAUUCCACGACCUCGACGACUACCUCCUCAAGAACUAGGCGCGCGGAUCCGAUCCAUCGACGCACUAGUCUACAGCUGCUCACUAGUGCUCUAGCUUCGCCGUUGUUGUGAGUGUUGGUUCGCUAGCUUACCGUGGAUCGUGUCCGUGUCUCUGGCGCAUGCAGUGGCAUUGUUACCGUCCGGUCGGUUGAUGUUGCUACGGAGAUCAUGCGUGCGUCUGCCUACUUUGGUGUUACGACCUACGAACGAAUGAAUAAGAAGUUCCCAGUGUCA